AUGUUGGACCAAUGUAAUCGUACCUUGAAGCUUAUGAAGCCUCUCCAUGAUAGCCACUCUACAAAGAAAUUCCAAGAGGCCUCUUCAUCAUUGUUUGAGAUUCUUACACAGCAGGAAGUAUUUUGGAAACAGAGAUCCAAACAGUUGUGGCUGCGCGAAGGGGACCUAAACUCCAAGUAUUUUCAUGCAUCGGCCAGAACCCGUAGGCGUGCCAAUCAUAUUGAGAGUCUCCGGAAUGAUACAGGUGAGAUGGUGGAUUGGAAGUCUGACCUUGAGCAUCUCAUGGUGGAGUAUUUUCAGACUCUGUUCAAGUCUUCGGUUGAUGAGUGGGACGAAGUUGUAUCCUGUGUUGUGCCAACCAUAACCCCAAGUCAGAAUGCAAUGCUGCUGGCUCCAAUAGAGGAUGAUGAGGUUAAAUCGGCAUUGUUCCAUAUGCACCCAGACAAAUCCCCUGGGCCGGAUGGGAUGAGUCCUGGCUUCUAUCAAAAGUUUUGGCCUAUUGUUGGCCAAGAUGUUAUUCAUGAGAUGAAGAAGUUCUGGCAAACCGAGACCUUUGAUGCGCAGCUCCCUCUUACUAAUAUUGUCUUAGUGCCAAAGAAGAAGCGGCCUAUGUCCAUGCUUGACUUACGUCCUAUCUCGUUAUGCAAUGUACUGUAUAAGAUUAUGUCUAAGGUAUUGGCUAACCGUUUAAAGCAGGUUAUUGACUGUGUCAUUUCUGAAGCUCAGUCCGCAUUCAUACCUGGUCGCCUUAUAACGGACAAUAUAAUGAUAUCAUACGAGAUCAUGCAUUAUUUGAAGAGGAAAACUACAGGCAAGAAGGGGUAUAUGGCUUUAAAAUUGGACAUGAGUAAAGCUUAUGACCGUGUCGAGUGGGGUUAUUUAAAAGCUGUUCUCUCCAAAAUGGGAUUCGAUAGAAAGUUGGUAUCUUUAUUCAUGCAUUGUGUCACCUCUGCCAGAUAUCAGAUUUCUCAUGCUGGGCGAGAGUUUGGGCACAUCAUUCCGGAGAGAGGUUUACGUCAAGGAGACCCCCUAUCUUCAUAUCUCUUCAUUAUUUACACUGAAGGAUUUUCAGCUCUUCUCAGAAAUUAUGAGCGCAGAAGGAUGUUUAGAGGAAUUCAGGUAGCUCGAGGUGCCCCGGUACUCUCUCAUAUGUUUUUCGCCGAUGACACUUAUAUAUUUUGUAAAGCAACUAUUGAAGAUGCCGAGCAUAUAUUGCACCUCCUAUCAGUGUUCGAAAGUGCGUCAGGCCAAAAGAUCAAUUAUGAUAAGUCGUCUAUCUUCUUCAGUCGCAAUACCGAAGUGGGAUUACGUGAUAGUAUAUGUGGAGAAUUGGGGAUUCAUGAGGCCGAUGAUACUAGUACUUAUUUGGGGCUUCUUAACAUUUUAGGUCCCAAAAAAUCAGUGAUUCUGGGCUAUUUGAAGGACCGUAUUCAGCAGCGAAUUCAUGGGUGGGAGGGUCGUUUCUUAUCUCGCGCGGGCAAAGAAAUUUUACUCAAGACAGUAGCUCAAGCCCUCCCUAAUUAUGCUAUGAGCGAUUUUGACUGUCACAGGCUCAGUUUCAGAUCGCUCCGUGAUUUCAACUUAGCUCUACUUGGCAAACAAGGAUGGCGUCUUUUACUACAUCCAAAUUCUUUAGUCAGCAGAGUAUAUAAAGCUCGCUAUUUCCCCCGUGGUAACUUUCUCUCGGCUAAGUUAGGUGGCUCACCAAGAUUUAUAUGGCGCAGUAUUGUGGAGGCUCAACAGAUUGUCAAGCAGGGUGCAUCGAUCAGAGUGGGGUCAGGUAGAUCAAUCUCAAUUCUUGAGGACCCGUGGCUACCUAAUGUUGAAGAUCCCUACAUUCAUUCAUCUCAUCCUUCUUUGGUCAACACAAAUGUUUCUCAGUUAAUGAUAACUGGACAAAACCAAUGGGACAAGGACAUCUUACAGGAUCUUUUUAUUGCUAGAGAUGUGGAUCUGAUUAGCAGCAUCCCAAUUAAUGAGGAAGAAACAGACUCCUGGUAUUGGAGAUUUGAGCAUCGUGGCAUCUAUACAGUUAAAAGCGCCUAUGCUGCUAUUCAGGCCGAGAAGACUACAAAUGCUGCCAGUGAUAAUUCUGGAUUUUGGAGGCGUUUGUGGCAACUUAAAAGAGAGAAGAGGCAAUGGGCUGUCAUGUUACUGUGGGCAUUGUGGAAAAGCAGGAAUGACCUUGUUUGGCAGCAACGUGGAAGUGAAGUGGAUGAAGUGAUUGUAUUGGAAAAGACUGUGCUUAAUCAAUGGAUUAGUGCUCAAGACAGAUCCUUUGAUCUCUCAAUGGGGCUUGUUACUCAAACUGAUGGCAGCGAGCACUGGAACCCUCCUGCAGAUGGCAUGAUUAAGCUUAAUACCGAUGCAGCCCUUUUUGAAGCUUCCCAAACUUUCAGCUUCUCUUGCGUAGCACGGGACUCCACUGGUGCAUUGAUAGAGGCUUUUGCAAAGAAUGAUUGGGGUGCUGUAACUCCUGAAGCGGCUGAAGCUUUAGGCAUCAAAGAGGCAUUAAGUUGGGUCAAGGAUAAACGUUGGAGCAGAGUAGAGAUUGAGUCCGAUUGCUUGGUUGCAGUCCAAGCAAUUCGGAGUACAACAGCCAUGUAUUCCUAUUUUGGAAGAAUAAUUACUGAAUGCAGGAGCAUUUUGGAAGAAUUAAAACCAAAAUUUGUUUCUAUUAAGUUUAUUAAACGAUCUGCCAAUACUGUGGCUCACUUUCUAGCGAGGUCCACAAGUGUAAUUUCUGAUCGUCAUUGGGAUACCUCUAAUGUACCCUCUGAACUAUUAUUAGUAUUAUUGCAAGAUUUGCAUUUCUAUUGA